CUCUCCAGAGACGGGGAAAGGCUACAAACACACGCUUUGAGGUAUUCGUUGACAAAGUUGCCUAGGCUCGAUUUAGGGGUCUGCUGCGUCUUUACCGUUCAUAAAAUUCGUUUUUAGUGUAGUCUAGGUUCUUCUGUUGACAAAAGAACUCUUUUAAUUUCAACUUGAUAGUUUGCUGCACAUUCAUUGUGAAUGGUCUAAGUUUUAUAUUGGAACUCAUUGUUGCGCCUUAUCAGAUCGGGAAUUUGUACGCUGGGAUAAAGACCAAAAACAAUAAAAGGUUGUUAGCUAGGUACAUAAAGGCUAGUCUGAAACACAACGAUAAGACAACUUCGGUGCUUUUGUUGAGCAAGCACACUGGACGGCGAUUCCACUUUCCCUGGGAGACUUUCAGGGGUCUUGAGAGGGAGGCGAAAUGAGCAGCGAUAAAAACAAGGUGGAGGAUGAGGCGGUGCUGGACCGUGGGGCGUCCUUUGUCAAGCAUGUCUGCGAUGAGGAGGAGGUGGAAGGUCACCACACCGUCUACAUUGGCGUGCACGUGCCCAAGAGCUACAGGAGGCGCCGACGCCACCGCAGGAGGUCCAGCCACAAGGAGAAGAAGGAGAAGGUGACGGAGAACGUCUCCGACAAAUCGGAUGGAGAGAACGCCGAUGACGCCGGGACCAGCAUCCUCAAACCACUCGUGUCUCCGGCCGCCGAGCGGAUCCGCUUCAUCCUGGGCGAGGAGGACGAUGGCCCUCCCCCACCGCAGCUUUUCACAGAGCUGGACGAGCUGCUGGCCGUGGAUGGGCAGGAGAUGGAGUGGAAGGAGACGGCAAGGUGGAUUAAGUUUGAGGAGAAGGUGGAGAAGGGCGGCGAGCGCUGGAGCAAGCCUCACGUGGCCACACUGUCCCUGCACAGUCUGUUUGAGCUGAAGACCUGCAUAGAGAAGGGCACCAUCAUGCUGGACCUGGAGGCCUCCACCCUCCCGCAGUUGGUCGAGGUGAUCACAGACAGCCAGAUCGAGAGCGGCCAGCUGAAGGCUGAUUUGAAGGACAAGGUGAUGUACACCUUGCUGCGGAAGCACCGGCACCAGACCAAGAAGUCCAACUUGCGCUCACUGGCAGACAUCGGCAAAACUGUCUCCAGUGCAAGUAGGCUGUUUUCCAACCAGGAUAAUGCCCCGCGUAGCCCAGUCGAAAACCCUGUGCCUUGUCUAACAAUGCGAGACUCCGAGGAGCAGCUCCAUUUCCGGAGGAGUUCCAGCAUGGAAUGGCUUAGUAGCCCAACGACCACCCAUCGGAAUCUGACGUCGAACAGCUUGAAUGACUUCUCUGACAAACCUGAAAAGGAUCAGCUGAAGAACAAGUUCAUGAAGAAGUUGCCUCGUGACGCAGAGGCCUCCAACGUCCUGGUGGGAGAGGUGGACUUCCUGGAUAGUCCUUUCGUGGCGUUCGUCCGCCUCCAGCAGGCGGUGAUGCUGGGAGCCUUGACGGAAGUCCCUGUCCCAACAAGAUUCCUGUUUAUCCUGCUGGGGCCCAAAGGAAAAGCCAAGUCCUACCACGAAAUCGGAAGAGCCAUCGCCACCCUCAUGUCUGAUGAGGUUUUCCAUGACAUUGCAUACAAGGCAAAGAACAGGCAGGAUCUGCUUGCCGGCAUAGAGGAGUUCCUGGAUGAGGUCAUCGUCCUGCCUCCAGGGGAAUGGGACCCAGACAUCAGGAUAGAGCCCCCAAAGUCCCUGCCUUCUUCAGACAAAAGAAAGAACAUGUACGCUGGAGGGGACGGCGUGCAGAUGAACGGGGACACGCCGCACGAUGGGGGGCAUGGAGGGGGAGGGGGCCAUCACGUCGGUGAGGAGCUGAGGCGGACAGGACGGUUUUGCGGUGGCCUCUUACUGGACAUCAAAAGGAAAGUCCCGUUUUUUGCCAGUGACUUCUAUGAUGCCUUGCACAUCCAGUCCCUGUCAGCCAUCCUGUUUAUCUACCUGGGAACGGUCACCAAUGCCAUCACCUUCGGGGGUCUCCUGGGGGAUGCCACAGACAACAUGCAGGGGGUGCUGGAGAGCUUCCUGGGCACGGCGGUGGCGGGGGCGGUCUUCUGCCUGCUGGCCGGACAGCCGCUCACCAUCCUCAGCAGCACGGGCCCUGUCCUCGUCUUCGAGAGGCUCCUCUUCACCUUCAGCAAGGACAACAACUUCGACUACCUGGAAUUCCGGCUGUGGAUUGGCCUGUGGUCGGCCUUCUUCUGCCUGAUCCUGGUGGCAACGGACGCCAGUUUCCUGGUGCAGUACUUCACGCGCUUCACCGAGGAGGGCUUCUCCGCCCUCAUCAGCUUCAUCUUUAUCUACGACGCCUUCAAGAAGAUGAUCAAGCUGGCCCAGUACCACCCCAUCAACCCCGACUUCCACAUGGACGACGUGACCCAGUACAGCUGCCACUGCAUGCCCCCGUCCUUCGGGAAUGAUUCUGCUCUGGCCAGUGAUGAAUUAGAUGGGUCAAGCAGCUGGAUGUCCAACAGCACAGAGCUGCCCUUGAACGCCACCUGGGCCUCGCUGACGAAGAAGCAGUGUCUGAAGUACGGAGGUGUGCUGGUAGGGGACGCGUGUGACUAUGUCCCCGACAUCACCCUGAUGUCCUUCAUCCUGUUCCUGGGCACCUACACCUGCUCCAUGUGUCUGAAGAAGUUCAAGACCAGCCCCUUCUUCCCCACCACUGUAAGGAAACUGAUCAGUGACUUUGCCAUCAUCUUGGCUAUACUGAUUUUCUGCGGUGUGGAUGCACUGGUUGGAGUGAACACACCUAAGCUCAUCGUUCCAGGUGAAUUCAAGCCAACGAGCCCCCUCAGAGGAUGGCUGGUGCCCCCGUUUGGUGGGAACCCCUGGUGGGUGUACCUGGCCUCGGCGCUCCCUGCCCUGCUGGUCACCAUCCUGGUCUUCAUGGACCAGCAGAUCACCGCCGUCAUCGUAAACAGGAAGGAGCACAAGCUCAAGAAAGGUGCAGGCUACCACCUGGACCUGUUCUGGGUUGCCAUCCUGAUGGUGGUGUGCUCCUUCAUGGGCCUGCCCUGGUACGUGGCGGCCACAGUCAUCUCCAUUGCCCACAUCGACAGCUUGAAGAUGGAGACCGAAACGUCCGCCCCUGGGGAGCAGCCCAAGUUCCUGGGAGUUAGAGAGCAGAGGGUAACUGGUGUCAUCGUUUUCCUCCUGACCGGAGUGUCCGUCUUCAUGGCUCCCAUCCUUAAGUUCAUCCCCAUGCCAGUGCUGUAUGGAGUCUUCCUCUACAUGGGUGUGGCCUCUCUCAACGGCGUGCAGUUCAUGGAUCGUCUCAAGCUGCUCCUCAUGCCGCCGAAGCACCAGCCAGACCUGAUCUACCUGCGGCACGUGCCCCUGCGCCGGAUCCACCUGUUCACCUUCAUCCAGGUGCUCUGCCUGGCCCUCCUCUGGAUCCUCAAGUCCACCGUGGCUGCCAUCGUCUUCCCCGUCAUGAUCCUGGCCUUGGUAGCAGUCAGGAAGGCGAUGGACUACCUCUUCUCCCAGCAUGACCUCAGCUACCUGGAUGAUGUCAUUCCUGAGAAGGACAAGAAGAAGAAGGAGGAUGAGAAAAAGAAGAAGAAGAAAAAAGGAAGCAUAGACAGUGAUAUUGAUGAUGAGAUAAAUCAUCUUACAAGCACUCUUCCUGCUGAACGGCCGCACUGUUUCCAGGCCAGUUUGAUGACGAGUCUCGAGAGAAAUCCAAUGAAAGCAGUGCCUCAGAUUAGGAUAGACUUUGAACAGGAAGACGGCGGGUUCUUCUGGAGCAGACGAGGGUCCCAGUCUUCUCUCUAAACCAUGGAACCCCCCGACCCGUCCCACUGUAGAAGACACCCCCUCCCUUUGCACAAUCACAGGAAGCUUUCCGGUUUCACUCCUCUCUCCUUUUAAAGCUCUUAUCUCCCACAGCCCUGAAGGAAUUCCUCGUAUUUAUCACAGUAGAUGUGUAGUGGGACUUGAAGGGGAGCUGAAGGACUGUAUCCCCUUGCUGCUGCUCGCCAUGUUUCGGACAGGAGCGUUUGCAUGUGAUGGUUUUCGUGUCGGAGGACUCCAUGCCGCACAUACACAGAGGGAGCGUGAAGAGGGCUGGCUGUUGGUCUUCCUCCCUCCCUCCCUC